UCGUGUGUACAUUUCACACAGAUUCGAAAUCUGACCAAUAUAAACGAAACACGGGCAGGAGAGAUAGAAGAAACCAACCGGGUGGGACUGAACGGAAACGGGAUAACAGGCGCAACUGCUGUGUGGACACAUAUGCUCCCAAAAAUAGUCGUUAGCGUUAGCGUUUUUGAGGCUAGUUCAAGAUUUGAAAUUGUUCAACUUGUUCAAGUAGCGUACCUUCUCUUGCUGUUCUGUUUAUACGUUUUUUUGUGAAUCCAACCCUGCUCUGGCUAGAAGAUGAAUUCAUUGGGCAGUUCUUCCAAAUGGCCAUCUUCUGACUCGCUGACCUCCACCUCAAGCUUUCUCCUCAGUGAGAGUGAGCAGACUGAGGAUGAAGCAGACGUCUUCUCUGAGGGAGAAGGGGACAGUGGAAUAAGAAAGUCCCUCUCAGGCGAUGAAGGAAUCACACUCUCUGGAGGUUACCUUAAAUUUCCACCACAUUCAGAUCAGCUGCACUCAAUGUCUAAGAGCGACCAGCCUGAACACUGCCCUGAUGAAGCUAAGCGUCUCAACCCAGCCUCUUUUUCUGGAGCUGCCACAUUAGGCUCAUCUUCAGCAACACCAGGAGACCUGGCCUUUGCUCAGAAAUGUGCAGAUUUGCGGAGGUUUAUCGGCCCUUUGCUUGAGCUUCUCCAUGGACUAAAUACUGGACGGUAUAACAGAGGUCUAUCCAGUUUCCAGCAGAGUGUUGCAAUAGACAGAUUACAGAGGAUUCUUGGAAUUCUACAGAAGCCUGAAAUGGGUGAGAAAUACCUCCAAAACCUGCUGCAGAUAGAGAUGAUGCUCAAAAUAUGGUUUCCUCGGGUGGCAUUUCAGCCCAUGGAUAUACAGAGCAAGACCUUCACUCCCAGAGUUCGACCACACUGGCGCCAAAACCAGCUCCACAUGCCAGUUAAGAAGAGAAAACUGAGCUUGUCAGAGAACAACAACUCCAGUGAAGUCCUGACCAAGAAAAAGCACUUUCAACAUGAAAAACAUUGGAGCUGCCAGGCUGCGACUCCACUUGACACUGUUUCGACACGUCUACCUGGAUCAUCUAAAAAACCGAGAGCUCCAGAGGAUGAAACAGUUGAGGGCAGCCGUACAACUGAACAUGAGUUUACAUACAGCACUGGCACUUUAAGCAGGCCGUUAUAUUUAUGUAGCAAGAGAGAAAAUAAGACUCGGAAGCAGUCUGCGAUUUCUCUGCCCUCGUCUUGUGAAAUCCCAGCUACACAGGACAGCUCAGUGUCCUCAAGUGACAUCAUAACAACUACAACUGACUCACCUUAGCUGGCCUUAGCUCACCUUGCUACCACGUGGAGGUGCCUUUGCAUGCCAGUCUGAGUAAAGGCAAAGGGCGGACCUGAUUACACAAGUAUAACGUUAGGCGCAGAGCUAGUCUGCGAUGGCUGCAAGGCAUGUAAAACCAGAAGAGGAGGAGGAGGAGGAGCAGCAGAAUGCACAGGCACUCAUUAACCCCUAACUAUCCAGUAUGGUUUUUGAUUACACCAAAAUUAUUUCAGUUAUAUACAGGACCUUGUCUGUAAAAGUAUCACCUUUUUUGUAUACUUUACCUUUUGCUAAGUUAAAAAGACGUGGAAAUACUUUAUGUGUAAUGCGUUCAAGCAAUCUGUGCUCUGUUUUGUAUUUUUUCAUAUGACGACGCAGCCCAAACAGUAACAAUAUGCAGUUUCAUAACACUGGUGAAAAAUAGAAAUAACCAAUAUCAAUUGUAUGUAAGUGAGAAAACACAGAUGAUCAUUGCUGGUAUAGUUUAAAGCUGAAACCAGUAGUCAGUUGUCCAUGAUAAUAAAAAAAAAUUCUUUUCAU